UACUACUGUGAAUGGAAAGAUUGCCCUAGAAACAAGAAACCAUUUAUGAAAAGACACAAAAUGCACAAUCACAUGAGAACUCAUACCGGAGAAAGACCUUUUGUAUGUACCGUGAUAGGCUGCAACAAGACCUUUUCAAGACCUGAUUCUCUCAGCACACACAUCAAGACUCAUUCCGAUAGUCGUCCUUAUUUAUGCUCUAUGCCCGGCUGUGAUAAAGCCUAUUAUCAUUCUAGAUCCCUAAGGAAACACAUCAAAUCUUCACAUAUGAAAAAUUCGAAA